GUUUCAUUUUAUAAAUUAAAAAAAAGUAAUUUAUUAUUUUUUUUUUAAAAUGAAUUAUAUAACAAGUUUGUGUAUAAUAUUUUUCAUAUAUUUAUCAAAAAUAAACGGUUCGCCUCAAAUAACAAAGCUAGUGCCGUUGGAUGACUGGAUUGCCUUCAAAGAACGUUCAAGCCAAGUCAAACCGUUGGAUAAAUUAUUUGGAAAAUUACGAGCGACUUAUGAUUUUAUUUUUCACAGACCUGAUAAUGUUAGCAAUGUUGAAAAAAUAAUUGCUGAUGACAAGUCUUGGAAUAGCGAAGAAAAUUUAAAUAAUAAAAGUAAUGAUAAAUUUAUUGCUCCAAUGUUGCCACUAUUCAAUCACAUUGCGUUUAAAAACAAUAAUAAUAAUAAAAAUGAAGACGAUGUAAAUAAAAAUUUAUAUAUUCAAUUAUAUCCAAAAGAAAAUGUAAUAAUGUCAACAAGGGAGAGUUCAAUAUCUCGUAUAUCCAAAGAUAAUGAAUGGCCGGAUGAUAUAGAGACUAUAGAACCAUUGAGUCAAGUAGAAAUUGAUAAUGAGAAUAUUGAUAGAUCAGUUGAAGCAGUGACACCAUCACAAUCAGGAUUUCAAUUUCCCAUUGCUAUAGUUCGUGCUUUUGCCAAGUGGCUUGAAUCCAUUCUCGGUUACACACAUCAAGCUUAUUCAAUAAUUACUCAAAAAAAUAACUCAUUCAUUCAUUAAUUAUUAUUAUUUUUUUUUCGCAACUAAAGGUGUUCGAAUAGUUCGAAUUAUUCGUAUCGAACUAUUCGAUUCGAAGUUCGAAAUUUUGAAUUAUUCGUAAAGUUUUUUGGGAACGUCUUUAAAUUUUAAUAGUUUUUGGAAUAAUUCAAAUUUUUAUUAGAGGUAAAUAGAACCCAAACACGAAUCUAUGAAAAAAUUAUUUUUGAUUACUUUAAAAACUUAGCUCACUAUUAAAUAAAAAUUGAAUAUUUGAAAGCUGACCAAAAUUUUCUCAAUUAGAAUCGAGCAAUUUGAAAAGUUAAAAGUCGAUAUUUUAAUUAGCAAAUUAUCUAAUUUAUAUUUUUUAGAAAGUGAUUCUGUGCAAUUUUCAGAUAGUGAUAGUAAGAAAAAAUAUUUGAGUAAUCUAAACAAAAAUAUUAUAUAUAUAAUAGAUAUGAGAUUGAUUUUUAGAUAAAAAAAAAAUUUUUUUAAUUACUUUUUUUUGCAUAAAUGGAGAAUUUUCUGACAUGUAGAGACAAUUUGCUAAUUAGUGUCAAAAUAAUUUAAAAACUUUCGGAUUAUAAAAUUGACACAUAAUUUGAAAAGAUGAAUUAUUCGAAAAUAUUGAAAUAAUAUGAGAAGAUUUGAAGUAUUCGAAUGUUUCGAAUUAUUUGAAAAUUUUCGAAUUCGGAAAUUUGAAUUAUUCAAUUGAAACCCGAUUCGCACAUCCAUACUCACAACAUAAUCGAUACUAAAAAUGUAUUUACAUAUCUAUGACUACAUAUGUGUAAUCACUGUACUUUCAUUUCAAAUAAAAUUAAAUAUAUACUA